AGUUUUAUUUCUUAGAUUAUGGCCCAAUAUUAUGAUCUUGAUGACAUCUUAGCUGAUGAAGAGCUUGUGCCCGUGGUUUUUCUCGAAGCAGUUAACGGAGUUGGUUUGGUUGAAUCCAAUGAAACAACCAGGGUUGAACCCAAGUCGAAGGCGGAAUUGCCAUUUUGGCUUGCAAAAGAAUUGCAUUUGAGACAGGUGGCGUCUGUCAGCGUUCUUCCGUGUUAUAAUAACAGAACUCGGGAAGAAAUUGGAGCUGAUGGUGCACACGUGGACUUGAGAUCUCAAUGCUCAUAUUUUUAUGAAUUAGGAUGCAAAAUAGUGCAGUUGAUUGGUGACAAGACCAUUGGAUCUUUACUCUUGGUUGCUUUCCAGACAAGGUAUAAGGAGGUCUUGAUCAAGGCACAUACUGCAGCAUCCGUGUUGACCCCAAAAUAUUUAUCACUAUUGACAAAAGAAGAAACAAAAUUGUAUGAUGCUGCCAAGUCAUCAGCUAUAGCGUUUAAGACUUGGCGAAUGGGAGGGCCAAGAUUACAAAAAGCUUCAGUUCUUGGUAGAAAGAGGAAACCGCUUUGGGGAGUAGGUUCUCAUUAGGUGAACCAAGGGCAGCCAACUUGGGGUUGCUCGUUUGUUGUAGAUGCUUAGUGUUGGACUGUUGGUUAUUAAAGUUCCAUUCUUCUAAAAUGACAAUGAGCUUACUUACAGAACUACAAAAUGAAUCGUCUUAUCAAAUAGUUUCACUGACCCCAUACCCCACAGGAUUGGGCAUCGUUGUUGUAACUUUGUUCGGUUAUUACUAAGAUGCCAAGCAAAUGAACUUGCUGUUUGGUGUCUACUACAUUAAUGACUGUUUUGAGUCUGCUUAUAAAGGGCAAAAUUUGUCUAAA